AGCCAAUCUGAAAAUUUCCAGUUCCCGUAAUUCCACCUAUGGAGAUAGCACAGCAGCAAUAUGAUUUUAGAUUCAUAACAGAGGGUCAACACAGCCUUCGCUCUCACUCCCUAAAGCCUACUACUCUACUACAACGCUCAGUUUCAAUCAUCGACGAUGAGGUUGGCGCCGAGGGAGGUGGAGAAAUUGAUGUUACACAAUGCUGGAUAUUUAGCGCAGAAGCGUCUUGCUCGUGGAUUAAGGCUUAAUUACACCGAAGCUGUUGCACUUAUUGCCACUCAGAUUUUGGAGUUUGUACAUGAUGGUGACAAAAGUGUGGCAGAAUUGAUGGAUGUCGGGAGACAGCUUUUAGGAAGGAGACAAGUUCUUCCAACAGUUCCACACCUUUUGGAUUCUGUCCAGGUAGAGGGAACCUUUCCUGAUGGAACAAAGUUAAUUACUGUACAUGAUCCAGUAUCUUGUGAAAAUGGAAAUCUUGAAAUGGCUUUACAUGGAUCUUUUCUUCCAGUUCCUUCACUUGAAAAGUUUCCAAAUAUAGAAACUUGUAAGAUUCCUGGUGAACUAAUCUUCAGACAUGGAUAUAUAAUGCUUAAUUCUGGAAGGGAAGCAGUAAUCCUUAAAGUAACUAACAAUGGAGAUAGACCAAUACAGGUUGGAAGCCAUUACCAUUUUAUCGAGGUCAAUCCAAGUUUGAUUUUUGAUCGAAGAAAAGCAUAUGGCAUGAGAUUAAAUAUACCCGCAGGAACAGCUACCAGAUUUGAGCCAGGGGAUGCAAAAUCUGUCACUCUUGUAAAAAUUGGUGGCAUGCAAGUAAUUAGAGGAGGGAAUGCAAUCGCAGACAGCCCUGUCACUGAUUCCAAUGUCAAAACAGUAAUGGAAUCAGUACACACAAGAGGAUUCGGCAAUUCCGAAGAUACCAGUACCAAUAAUGGUAUCAUUAUAGAAGGAUCUCCACUAGCUUACAAAAUGGCACGUGAGGCAUAUGCUAAUAUGUAUGGCCCUACAGUUGGAGACAAAAUUCGUCUUGGUGACACCGAUUUAUUUGCUGAAGUUGAAAAAGAUUUUGCAAUUUAUGGUGAUGAGUGUGUGUUUGGUGGUGGAAAAGUGAUAAGAGAUGGAAUGGGACAAGCUUCAGGGUAUUCCCCAUCUGAUUGUUUGGACACUGUCAUCACAAAUGCAUUGAUAAUUGAUUACACAGGAAUUUACAAAGCAGAUAUAGGCAUUAAAGCCGGUUUAAUUUCUUCAAUUGGGAAAGCAGGAAAUCCAGAUUCCAUGAAUGGUGUCUCUGAUAACAUGAUCAUUGGAGUCAGCACAGAAGUGAUUGCUGGUGAAGGCAAGAUAGUGACAGCUGGCGCCAUUGAUUGUCAUGUGCAUUUUAUUUGCCCUCAAUUGGCAUACGAAGCAAUUUCUAGUGGGAUUACAACAAUGGUAGGAGGUGGGACGGGGCCCGCUGAAGGGACACGUGCAACUACCUGUACCCCUGGAGCUGUACAUAUGAAAACUAUGCUGCAAGCCACUGAUGACUUACCAAUUAACUUUGGAUUUACUGGGAAAGGUAAUAGUUCUAAACCGGAAGGGCUGCAUGAAAUAAUAAAGGCUGGUGCAAUGGGACUGAAGCUUCAUGAGGAUUGGGGGACUACUCCUGCUGCUAUAGAUAACUGUUUGUCAGUUGCAGACCAAUAUGACAUUCAGGUUAAUAUCCACACCGACACCUUGAAUGAAUCUGGGUUUGUUGAACACACAAUUGCUGCGUUUAAAGAUAGAACAAUUCACACAUACCACAGUGAAGGUGCAGGUGGUGGUCAUGCUCCAGAUAUUAUCAAAGUGUGUGGUGUUAAAAAUGUUCUACCCUCAUCAACAAAUCCAACACGUCCUUACACUAAGAACACAAUAGACGAGCAUCUUGAUAUGCUGAUGGUGUGUCAUCACCUUGAUAAGGACAUACCCGAGGAUGUAGCUUUUGCUGAGUCACGUAUUCGAGCUGAAACAAUUGCUGCUGAAGAUAUUUUGCAUGAUAUGGGAGCAAUAAGCAUUAUAUCAUCUGAUUCACAGGCUAUGGGUCGCAUUGGGGAGGUAAUCAGUAGAACAUGGCAAACAGCUCACAAAAUGAAGUUACAAAGGGGUGCGAUUGAUGGUAACAUACAAGAAAAUGACAAUCUUCGCAUUAAAAGGUUUAUUGCAAAGUACACGAUAAAUCCAGCAAUUGCUAACGGGUUUUCCGACUAUGUUGGGUCGGUUGAGGUAGGGAAGUUGGCUGAUCUUGUGAUUUGGAAGGCAUCGUUCUUUGGGGCAAAACCGGAAAUGGUGAUUAAAGGAGGUGAUAUUGCUUGGGCUAACAUGGGGGAUCCAAAUGCAAGCAUCCCUACUCCUCAACCGGUUAUAAUGAGGCCCAUGUUUGGAGCAUUCGGCAAGGCUGGAAGCUCCAACUCCAUAGCUUUUGUCAGCCAGGCUGCUAUGGAGCAAAAUAUAAAGACUCUUUAUAGACUGAAUAAGAAGGUGAAAAGCGUGAGUAAUGUAAGGAGACUGACAAAGCUGGACAUGAAACUUAAUGAUGCCCUUCCCAACAUCCAGGUUGAUCCCGAGACAUACGCAGUCACUGCUGACGGCGUGCAUCUAACAUGCACCGCAGCUACAACUGUCCCCCUUUCUCGGAAUUACUUCCUAUUUUAAUUUUAAUCACCCCUCUUUAUUUUUUUAAUAACUUAUCUUGUUCCUAGUAGCAAAUUUAGGUUUUCUAGAGCUAUUUUCAAUGAUAAGGAUGAGGAGAGCAUUUACAUCUUUUACAUUGGCGAGAAAACCACACGACAGUCUUGUACUGCGUUUUGCGUGCAUUAGACUGGAUUGGAUUUUGAUUUGAUGAAAAACAUAUUUGUGACA